AAUACUAGCAUUAUAUUUGGCAUAAUAGAAGCUUAUUUACAACCAUCUGAUCCUAAUCAUCUUUCAAAUGAAGAAAUCUUUGAUGAUACUCUCCUACAAGCUUGCCCUUUUGUUAAUAUUUCAAUCUAUGAACCAAAUCUUGAAUCUCUUCUAUUUCCACAUUUAUUUCCUAAUGCUCGUUCAAAUGAAAAUAGAUUAGAAACUCAUGAUAAUAAUAUGCCAAUUGAUUAUCAGGAGGGUGGUGGAAUAAUUGAUGAUUUAGAGCUUAAAAGAAGAUUGGACAGAAUUAAAGAUACUUUAAGUGGUACCGCUCAAGGAGGAAAACAAAAACUCGGGUUGGAUAAAAUCGAUAAAUACGCGAUCAAAUUGCAACAAUAUCAAGAAAUGUCUGAUACAAAUAGCGUGGAAUCUUUAAACACAGAGACAAGUAACGUGGAACCUUUAAGUACAGAGACAAAUAACGUGUAA